GCAGCCUCCACUCUUCUUCCUCCUCUCCUUCUUCUUCAUGGCGAGAUGUGAAAGCUCGCAGCUGCUCCAUCGCGGCCCGGCGAGCGUUCGGCGGGGGGUUGGAAAUGGAAUAAAAACAACAAAGAACGCCGGAGGGAAAACAAUGGAACGCGGAGCAAAAACGUCCGAGUCGGACCUGACCAACAUGUCCGCUGCGGCGCUCGCUAACGUCGCGUCCUUGUGACUUGAUUCUCCUUCCAGCGUACAAAGGAGCAUCAGACGCACCUGAGAUUGCUGCCGAAUUCUCCGGAAGGACUCGGGGAAGCUUUUCUGCGCGCACAGGUCCGAAUUUGAUCCCUCGGUGAGCCAGAAAACCGGCAGCAUUUGUACAUUGUGGACUUUCCCCUCCCAGGUCUGGUUUUGAACGAUGUUGGAAUCGUUUCCGCGAUGAUCGCGAUCCUUUAAGGAUGUUUUCCUGCGACAUGGAGUCCCCUCCAUUGUUGUGAGCGUCUUUUUGAGUCGAGCGCGCGCACGCCGACAUGGUGGAGCCGGUGGGGUUCAUCGAGGCGUGGAAGGCUCAGUUCCCGGAGUCGGAGCCCCCCAGGAUGGAGCUGAGGUCGGUGGGGGGGAUCGAACAGGAGCUGGAGCGAUGCAAGGUGUCCAUCAGGCGGUUGGAGCAGGAAGUGAACAAGGAGCGUUUCCGUAUGAUCUACCUGCAGACCCUCCUGGCCAAGGAGAGGAAAAGCUACGACAAGCAGCGUUGGGGCUUCAGGAAGACCCCGCUGAACGAGGGGGUGGACCCCGCCGCCUCGCAGGGGGCAGAGUCCCAGCAGCCGCACGUGCAGGAGACCGGAGGGGUGGGAUGCGCGGUCGGGGGCGGGUACCCGAGCCGCUACCACGGGGACGGAAUGGGCAGAUCCAAACCGAGACCCCCGCCGGCGAGGAAGUCGGCCUCCCACGGCGACGGGCUGGAGUCGGCCUUCGAGGCGCCCCCUCAGGCCGAGUCGGCUUCCUGCGACAACCUGGACGGCCUUUCGCCCUCCAAGCAGAGAGGGGGCGUCUCCGUGUCGCCCAGAAGGCCCACCCUGCCGCCCCCGGACAAGGAGCCGCCGUCCGACCCCAAAGACAAGCUGGGCAUGGGGCUCGGCGUGGCCGCCCUCCGGUCCAACUUUGAGAGAAUCAAGCGGGCCAACUCUCACUCGGUGGGCGACAAAGGUCCGGAGAAGCCCCCGCCCCCUUUCUACUCCAACGUGGAGUUCCACCAAGACCGGGGGCUGGUCCGCGUCAACGAGCGGGAGGCCCUCGACAAGAUGGGUACACUGGGGAGUCAGGCCUUGCAGAUGGAGAGGAAGCGCUCGCUGCACUCCCUGCCGGGUAACCUGGCCACCGUGGCCGGCGAGCUCCGCGCCAGGCCCGUCUAUAGGGGGCGAUCCACCGAGAGCACCUGUGGGUAUGACGCCGAGUACGAGGACGGCGAGCCCGCGCAGAGAACUCGAGCCAAUGGCGGGAAACCCCCGCCGCCGCCUUGGCAGCCGUCCGACUUCCAGGCCUACUCCAGCGUCUACGUGGGCGGGGUCAUGAUGGGCGAGGGCGGGGACGUCCGAGUCCAAAUGAGGGACCACGGCGCCGGCGACGACCACCUCCUCACCUGGCCCCGCCGCUCCUACUCCCCGGGGAGCUUCGAGGACGUGGGCGGCGGUGGCGGCGGUGGCGGCGGCGGCGGCUACACGCCGGACUGCAGCUCCAACGAGAACCUGACAUCCAGCGAGGAGGACUUCUCGUCGGGGCAGUCCAGCCACGUGUCGCCCAGCCCCACCGCCGCCUUCCGCCGGCCCUUCCGCGAGAAGAGCCGCUCGCCGUCGCAGAACUCGCAGAACUCGCAGCACUCCUUCGACAGCAGCAGCCCGCCCACGCCGCAGUCCCAGAAGCGCCACCAGCGGCAGCAAGGCGCGCACCUGGUCAUGUCCGAGGCCACCAUCGUCAGCGUCCGCAAGACGGGCCAAAUAUGGCCCCCCGCCGGGCCCCAGCACGGCAGAGCGCCGCAUGACAACAGUUACCACGGCGACCACCUGGACGGCCAUUACAGCGGGACUCCGCCCUCUUACGGCUACGAUGCCGACCGCGCCGAGGAGCAGCGGCGCCACCAUGACAUCCUGCCUUACAUCGACGACUCGCCCUCGUCCUCGCCUCACCUCAGCUCCAAGAGUCGCAGCAGUCGGGACACGCUCUCCUCGGGAUCCAUCGAGUCCUCCAAGUCGACGGAAUGUGAGCUGGAGAAAGGUCUGGAAAUGAGGAAGUGGGUUCUGUCUGGGAUCUUGGCCAGCGAAGAAACAUACCUCAGUCACCUGGAGGCCCUGCUGCUGCCCAUGAAACCCCUGAAGGCGGCGGCCACCACGUCCCAGCCGGUGCUGUCCCCGGCCCAGAUAGAGACCAUCUUCUUCAAGGUGCCAGAACUCUACGAGGUCCACAAGGACUUCUAUGACGGACUGCUGCCCCGGGUCCAGCACUGGACUCACCAGCAGAGGGUGGGAGACCUCUUCCAGAAACUGGCCAGCCAGCUGGGCGUUUACCGAGCCUUUGUGGACAACUACGAGCUGGCGGUGGACACGGCAGAGAAAUGUUGUCACGCCAACACGCAGUUUGCAGAAAUAUCAGAGAACCUGAAGGUCCGAAGUCCCAAAGACUGCAAGGAGCCCACGGCCAAGAACUCCUUGGAGGCCUUGCUGUACAAGCCAGUGGACCGAGUCACACGCAGCACGCUGGUGCUCCACGACCUGCUCAAGCACACGCCCACCAGCCACCCGGACCACCCGCUGCUGCAGGACGCCCUGCGCAUCUCGCAGAAUUUCCUGUCCAGCAUCAACGAGGAGUCCACGCCGCGCCGCCAGUUGAUGACCGUGAAGAAGGGCGAGAACCGCCAGCUGCUGAGGGACACCUUCAUGGUGGAGCUGGUGGAGGGAACCAGGAAGCUGCGCCACGUCUUCCUCUUCACCGACCUGCUGCUCUGCGCCAAACUGAAGAAGUCCAUGGCGGGCAAGAACCAGCAGUACGACAGCAAGUGGUACAUCCCCCUGAGCGAGCUCACCUUCCAGGGACCCGAGGAGGCCGAGCCCCUCAGCGUCCCCCAAGUCCCCGACGAGGAGCUGGAUGCCUUGAAGGUGAAGAUCUCCCACCUGCGCUGCGAGAUCCAGCGAGAGAAGAGCGCCAACAAGGGUUCAAAGGUCAUCGAGCGACUCCGGAAGAAGCUGUCGGAGCAGGAGUCGCUGCUGCUCCUCACCUCUCCCAGCUUGCACCUCAGAGUCUACAACAAGAGCGGCAAGAGCUUCAGCUUCCUGAUCUCAUCCGACUACGAGCGAGCCGAAUGGAAGGAGCUCAUCAGAAAGCAGCAGAAGAAAUGUCCCAAAGCCUCUCUGCUGACUUCCGUGGAACUUCAGAUGUUGACCAACUCUUGUGUCAAACUGCAGACGGUGCACCACAUCCCGCUGAGUGUCAAUCAGGAAGAGGACGAGAGCGCGGGUCUGUACGGCUUCCUGAACGUGAUCGUGCACUCGGCCUGCGGCCUGAAGCAGAGCCUGAAUCUCUACUGCACGCUGGAGGUGGACUCCUUCGGCUUCUUCUCCAACAAGGCCAAGACCAGAGUCUAUCGGUACACCACCGAACCCAAAUGGAACGAAGAGUUCGAGAUCGACCUGGAGGGCUCGCAGACCCUGAGGCUGCUCUGCUACGAGAAGUGCUACAACAAGAGCAAGCACAACAAAGAGGACGGAGGAGACGGCGCCGACCGCAUCAUCGCCAAAGGACAGAUCCCGCUGGUGCCACAAAUGCUGCAAGGCAAAGAGUGGCAGAGGACCAUCAUCCCUAUGAGUGAGAUGGAAGUGAAAGUGUCCAUGAAGUUCACCAGCAGAGAGUUGAGUCUGAAGAAGAUGCCGUCACGUCGCCCCAUGGGAGUGUUUGGGGUCAACAUCUCCAGCGUCACCAAGCGUGAGCGUUCCAAGGUGCCCUACAUCGUGCGACAGUGCUUGGAGGAGAUCGAGAGGCGGGGCAUGGAGGAGGUGGGCAUCUACCGAGUGUCGGGCGUGGCCACGGACAUCCAGGCCCUGAAGACGGCCUUUGACAGCAACAACAAAGAUGUUUCCGUCAUGAUGAGCGAGAUGGACGUCAACGCCAUCGCCGGCACCUUGAAGCUUUACUUCCGCGAGCUUCCAGAACCGCUCUUCACCGACGAGCUCUACCCCAACUUUGCAGGCGGCAUCUCUCUGUCAGACAGCGUCGCCAAGGAGAGCUGCAUGUUGAACCUGCUGCUGUCGCUACCCGAGCCCAACCUGGUCACCUUCCUCUUCCUCCUGGACCACCUGAAGAGGGUGGCGGAGAAGGAGAGCGUGAACAAGAUGUCGCUCCACAACCUGGCCACAGUGUUCGGUCCCACGCUGCUGAGACCUGCAGAGAAGGACAGCAAGAUCCCAGCUAACCCCAGCCAGCCAAUCAGCAUGGGCGACAGCUGGUCCCUGGAAGUCAUGGCGCAGGUGCAGGUGUUGCUCUACUUCCUGCAGCUGGAGACCAUCCCCACGCCGGACAGCAAACGCCAGAGCAUCCUCUUCUCCACGGAGGUAUGAAGACCUCGCACCCGGACUCUGUUGGACUUUCAGGUCUCGGACAAACUCGAGUCAGUCUUGCAGUAGAAGGACGGGGUUCGUUGUCCUCCACAAGAGGGCGACAGCGAGACGACCGGUCCGCACCUUCCCAUUGGGUCAGGAGGAGACGUCCCGGCGGGCCAGGCGGCCUUUAGUGCUACCUAGGUUUGUUUACACCGGAAGGCGGGUACAGUAGAUCCUCGCCAUGGCACCAAGACUAUUUUUAUACUCUCUUACACACAUCAACACACACUCACUUUACAGUCGCACAAACAACAUUCAAACGUUGACUGGCGAUACUGAUACCCGAUAUCAGGGCGAUAUCACCGAAACAAAACCGACUCGCAUCCGAAUUGCGAUCCUUAUUCAUCCUGAUUCUAAAUGGAUUCAUCAUUUUCAAAAAAAGAUACAAUUUUUUAUUUCAUUUCAUAUAUUUAUUAGACUAUUUACUAGCAGCUACGCAACAGCUAAGCACACCAUAGCACACAAGCUAGACACAGGUCGUAAUCGUUGAAAUAUAAGGGGACAUUUGUCAACACACACAAAUAUCAAAUAGUCGUGUAUUUCUCAGAAGGUGUCCAGUAACAAUCGUGUCCGCAUCGUAACUAGCUGCAUCAUUUUUGUGACCACCAGGUGUCACUUGUUUUCACUUUUCUAAUAUUCCACUCCAGCAGCACCGAGAGCGGACUCAGCCAAACUACCUCUGGGCGACGUUGACGUGCCAGCAACGGCUGUCGCAAUCAAAACAGCUACUGCGUAAUCUUGCAGUACAAACACUUUUUAGGGCGCAACAGCGUGCCAUAGAUACUGCCGCCGUCUUGGCGUGUUGCAGGUGCAACUGCGAUUGCAACUUGUUGUCACGCCUGCGCGAUACUGAGACAAGAUAUAACGACCUGGACAGUAGUUGUCAUAAUCGGCUCGUUUUUAAAUGUUGCAAUAAAAAUGAGAUUUUAUUAGGAUUUUGUUAACACACACAAGUUUAGAAAAAUGGUGCCGCCGAGUGUUGGUAUCGAUUCCCAGGUAUCAGCACUGUAUCGCUUGAAAUGUGAACAGUAGCAUCCCUACAUUCCACAUUACAGAAUAUUAAAGCAUGUAUGAUUCCUGCAGAUAUCACAUUGGAUCAAUAUGCUCCCUGUUGAUAUCACAUUGGAUCAAUAUGAUUCCUGCUGCUAUCGCAAUGUAUCAAUAUGAUUCCUGUUGAUAUCACAUUGGAUCAAUAUGAUUCCUGCUGAUAUCAUUCUCGACCAAUAUCAUUCCUGCUGUUAUUAUACUGGUUCAAUAUGAUUCCUGCUGAUAUUACAUUGGAUCAAUAUGAUUUCUGAUGAUAUCAUACUGGAUUAAUAUGAUUCCUGCUGAUAUACUGGAUCAAUAUGAUACCUGCUGAUAUCACAGUGUAUAAAUAGGAUCCCUGUUGAUAUCACAUUGGAUUAAUAUGAUUCCUGCUGAUAUCAUACUGGAUCAAUAUGAUUACUGCUGAUAUCAUACUUGAUCAAUAUGAUUCUGGAUGAUAUCACAUUGGAGCAAUAUGAUUCCUGUUGAUAUCACAAUGGACCAAUAUGAUUCCUGCUUAUAUACUGGAUCAAUAUGAUUACUAAUAAUAUCACAUUGGAUCAAUAUGAUUGCUGUGGAUAUCAUACUGGACCAACAUGAUUCCUGCUGAUAUACUGGAUCAAUAUGAUUCCUGCUGAUAUCACAUUGGAUCAAUAUGAUUCCUGCUGAUAUUACACUGGAUCAAUAUGAUUCCUGCUGAUAUCUUACUGGAUCAAUAUGAUUCCUGAUGAUGUACUGCAUCAAUAUCAUUCCUGCUGAUAUCACAAUGGUUCCGCAUCAAUCCAGUAUGAUAUUGUCCGGAUAUCAUACUGGAUCGAUAAGAUUUCUGCUGAUAUCAUACUGUAUUAAUAUGAUUCCUGUUAAUAUUAUACUGGAUCAAUAUCAUUCCUGCUGAUAUACUGGAUCAAUAUGAUUCCUGCUGAUAUCACAUUAGAUCAAUAUGAUUCCUGCUGAUAUCAUACUGUGUCAAUAUGAUUCCUGCUUAUAUCACAUUGGAUCAAUAUGAUUCCUUCUGAUAUCACAUUGCAUCGAUAUCGUUUCUGCUGAUAUCAUACUGGAUCGAUAUGAUUCCUGCUGAUAUCACAUUGGAUCAAUAUGAUUCCUGCUGAUUACACAUUGGAUCAAUAUUACUAUUGCUGAUGCCACAUUGGAUCAAUAUUACUAUUGCUGAUACCACAUUGGAUCAAUAUGAUUCUUGCUGAUAUCACACUAGAUCAGUAUGAGUCCUGCUGAUAUCAUAUUGGAUAAAAAUGAUUCCUGCUGAUAUAAGUUUGGAUCAAUAUAAUUUCUGCUGAUAUCACAUUGGAUCAACAUGAUUCCUGCUUAUAUCAUAUUGGAUUUAUACGAUUCCUGCUGAUAUCACAUUGGAUCACUAGGAUUAUUGCUGUUAUCAAAUUAGAUCAAUAAGAGUCCUGCUAUCACAUUGGAUCCAUAUCAACAUCGAUGCUCCAGGCUCUAAAGUCGGUACCGUAUCAGAAGUGCGUUGCGAAGAUCUACUGUACUCCUAAAGUAAAUCGUAUUUGUUCCUUCAACUUUGCGUUUGAUAUCCAGGAAGCAAUAUCUUUUCUACUCGUAUCGGCCCUGUUGUACAUAAUGUGUCAUCCAAGAUGUUGAACAUCAUUUAUUGUUUCUAGUCGGCCUGCACGCGUCCUUCAAUGAGAAAGCAGGAAGUUGGCCUUCUUUCUUUUCUUGCUUUUUCUCAAGCUGCUGUCUGUGUGUGUGUCUUUGUGGCGCCCCCUGCCUGUGAGAAGGUGUACUUCAUGAAUACGAUUGAUCACUGGCAUGAGCGGAAAUGCGACAGUUAUGAUCACUUUAUUGAUCCGGGGAAUAAAUCAAUAAAAUAUAAUUUUAUACAUACCUCUUUUCAAAAACAUGGAACAAUGAUUUGGUGUGCAUGAGAAAGUGGAAAGGAAAACAUAGCUGUCUUUAACUAAAAGAGUGCAAAAAUAUAUAAAAUAAUCGGUUCACAUCCGAAUCGCCAUUCCAAAUUGAGUCAUGAUUUUCAAGAGAAUCGGAUUGAAUCGUUCGGUGCUUAAAGAUUCACAACAUAUUAGGGCUGGACAAGACAAAUCAAUCCACAUCAUCCGAAUCCGGUUUCUUAUUAAUGCCGAUUCUGAAUCGAUUCAUAAUUUUUGUAAAGCGAUUCACAAAAUGUGUAUUAUUUUUUAUUAUUAUUUUUUUUUAGAGGUACACAAGAAAAAUAAAUGUAUCCGAAUCGGGAUUCUUAUUCAUAGCAAUUUUGAAUCGAUUCAUAAUUUUCGAAAAACUAUUUUAAAAAAAGUGUAUUAUUUUUGCUUUAUUUUGAUUUUUUUUUGCUUUAUUUUGAUUUAAAAAAAAAAAAAGGUUAUUAUAAUUAUAAUACAAAAUAUUCAAAAUCUGAAUCGGAUCGAAUCGUUCGGUGCAGAAGAACAAUCCAUUCACAUCAUCCGAAUCGGAUUCGUAUUCAUGCCGAUUCUGAAUCGAUUCAUCAUUUUCGAAAAAACAUUUGAAAAAAAUGUGUUUUAUUUUUGAAUCGAUUCUAAAUCUGAAUCGGAUCGACUACAUUCACAUCAUCCGCAUCGGGAUUCGUAUUCAUGCCAAUUUCUGAAUCGAUUCAUCGUUUUCGAAAAAACUAUUCACAAAAUAUUUAUUUUUAUUUAUUAUAUUUAUUUUAAUUGUAUUUAAAAAAACAUUUUUUUUAUUAUUAUAAUAUAGAAAAUAAAACAUCUUGGGAAUCAGUUUGAAUCAAGAAACGAUUCUGAAUGUAAAUUGGAUUGAAUCGUUCGGUUACUGAUGAUUCACACCAUAUUAGGGGUGCACAAGAAAAAUCAAUUCAUAUCAUGCGAAUCGGGAUUCGUAUUGAUAUCGAUUCUGAAUCGAUUCAUAAUUUUCGAAAACGUAUUUACAAAAUUUGUCAUCUCUUUUAUAUAUUUUUGUUGUUGUUGUUGUUGUUGUGAAAAAGUUUCAAUACAGUUAUUAUACCAAAUAAAACAUUGCGGGAAUCGGUUUGAAUCAAGAAUCGAUUCUCAAUUUGAAUCGGAUCAAAUUGUUCGGUGCCUAAGGAUUCACACCGUAUUAGGGGUGCACAAGAAAAAUCAAUUCAUAUCAUACGAAUGAGGAUUCGUAUUCAUGCCGAUUCUGAAUCGAUUCAUAAUUGUCAAAAAACUGUUUACAAAAUUUGUAAUCAUUUUUAUUUAUUAUUUCAAGUUUGAUUUAUUUUUGGGAAAAGGUUUCAAUAUAAUGAUUAUACCAAAUAAAACAUUGCGUGAAUCGGUUUGAACGGAGAAUCGAUUCUGAAUCGGAUCAAAUCCGAUCGAAUCGUUCGGUGCCUAAAGAUUCACUCCACAUUAGGGGUGCACAAGAAAAAUCCGUUCACAUCAUGCCGAAUCUGAAUCGAUUCAUAAUUUUUCAAAAUGUGUAUUCUUUUUUAUUUAUUAUUUUUAUUUAAUGUUUUGGAAAAGGUUAUUGUAAUUAUUAUGCCAAAUAAUGCAUUGCAAGAAUCGGUUUGAAUCAAGAAUCUAUUCUGACCAUUCACACCAUAUUAGGGGUGCACAAGAAAAAGAAAAAGAAAAACAUCAUACGAAUCGGGAUUCGUAUUCAUGCCAUUUCUGAAUUGAUUCAUGAUUUUCGAAAAACUAUUUACCAAAUGUUUGUUCUUUUUUAUUCAUUAUUUUUAUUUUUUUGUUUUGGAAAAGGUUACUAUAAUUAUUAUAACAAAUAAUACAAUGCGGGAAACGGUUUGAAUCAAAAAUCGAUUCUGAAUAUGAAUCAUAUCGAAUUGUUCGGUGACUAAAGAUUCACACCAUAUUAGGAGUGCGUAAGAAAAACCCAUUCGUAUUCAUACAGAUUCUGAAUCGAUUCAUAAUUUUUGAAAAAUGAUUCCCAGUGACCCGAAAAGGGAAAAGCGGUAGAAAUCAGAUGGAUGGAUUAACGAUAUUUGUACACUUUCUCAUUUAUUAUUUGAUUUUAUUUUUUGAUUAAGCUUAUUAAAGUGGUUAUACUAAAUUAUACAUUGUGGGAAUCUGUUUGAAUCAAGAAUCGAUUCUGAUUGAAUCUUUCGGUGCCCAAAGAUUCAUACCCUUAUUAGGAGUGCACAAAAAAGUAUGUGAAUUGAAUUACAAAUCAAUUAAUUUAAAUUAAUAAAUGUAAAAAAAAAAAAUGAUGAACGACUCUAAAUCGAUUCAUCAUUUUCAAAAAUGAAUUGAAAUCGAAUUCUGAAUCGAUUCAUAAUUUUCGGAAAAAAACGAUUGACAAAAUUUGUAUUCUUUAAAAAAUAAAAAUAAACAAUUAUUUUUAUUUUUAUUUUUUGAAAAUAACAAAUAACAAAUAAAUGAGUCGAGAAUCGAUUCUAAAUCUGAAUCGGAUUGAAUCGUUCGGUGCACAAAGAUUCAUACCCUUAUUAGGGGUAAUUAAAAAAUGUUUUUUUAAAAAUUACAUGAGGUCGCCUACAGCCACAGUUUUUGCAGUCUGAGUUAAUUGAAUAGAUAGUUAAUUGGAGCAUUUACGUUGUUGGAUUAUUGCACACUUUGUACUGUGGAACCUUGGGAAGUACACACACAAUGUCACUAAGACCAGGAGAAAAAUAUGAUUGAUCCAUAAAAAUAUGAUCGAUUCAUAAAACUAUGAUUGAUCCAUAAAAUAUGAUUGACCCAUAAAAGAUGAUAUAUUCAUAAAAAAAUGAUUGAUCCCUAAAAAUGAUUGAUCCUUAAAAUAUGAUUGAAACAUAAAAAAUAUUAUUGAUCCAUAAAAUAUGAUUGAUCCAUAAAAAUGAUUGAUUCGUAAAAAUAUUUUUGAUCCAUAAAAAUACGAUCGAUACGUAAAAACAUGAUUGAUUCAUAAAAAUGUGAUUGAUCCAAAAAAUAUGAUCGAUCCAUAAAAAUAUGAUUGAUCCAUAAAAAUUAUGUUUGAUCCAUAAAAAAUAUAAUCAAUACAUAAAAAUAUGAUUGAUCUUUAGAAUAUGAUUGAUCCAUAAAAAUAUGAUUGAUCCAUCAAAUAUGAUCGAUUCAUAAAAUAUAUGAUUGAUCCAUAAAAAUACGAUUGAUCCAUAAAAAUACGAUUGAUCCAUAAAAAUAUGAUAGAGCCAUAAAAACGAUUAAUACAUGUAAUGUGAUUUAUCCAUACAAUAUCAUCGAUGGAUAAAAAUAUGAUUGAUCCAUAAAAUAUGAUCGAUACGUCAAAAUAUGAUUGAUUCAUAAAAAUGUGAUUGAUCCUUAAUAUAUGAUUGAUCCAUAAAAACAUGAUUGAUCCAUAAAAAUACGAUUGAUCAAUAAAAAUAUGAUUGAGCCAUAAAAACGAUUGAUUCAUGAAAUAUGAUUGAUCCAUAAAAUAUGACUGAUACAUCAAAAUAUGAUCGAUCCAUAAAAAUAUGAUUGAUCCAUAAAAUAUGAUUGAUACAUCAAAAUAUGAUUGAUUCAUAAAAAUGUCAUUGAUCCUUAAGAUAUGAUUGAUCCAUAAAAAUAUGUUUGCUCCAUAAAAAUAUGAUUGAGCCAUAAAAUUAUGAUUAAUCCUUAAAAUAUGAUUGAUCCAUAAAAAUAUGAUUGAUCCAUCAAAUAUGAUCAAUUCAUAAAAAAUAUGAUUGAGCCAUAAAAACGAUUGAUACAUGAAAUAUGAUUGAUCCAUACAAUAUGAUCGAUUAAUAAAAACGUGAUUGAUCCUUAAAAUAUGAUUGAUCCAUAAAAAUAUGAUCGAUUCAUAAAAAAUAUGGUUGCGCCAUAAAAAUAUGAUUGAGCCAUCAAAUUAUGAUUGAUGCUUAAAAUAUGAUUGAUUCCUAAAAAUGUGAUUGAUCCUCAAAAUCUGAUUGAUCCAUAAAAAUGUGAUCGAUCCAUCAAAUAUGAUCGAUUCAUAAAAAAUAUGAUUGAGCCAUAAAAAUGAUUGAUGCAUGAAAUAUGAUUGAUCCAUACAAUAUGAUCGAUUAAUAAAAAUGUGAUUGAUCCUUAAACUCUGAUUGAUCCAUAAAAAUAUGAUCGAUCCAUAAAAAUAUGAUCGAUUCAUAAAAAGUAUGGUUGCGCCAUAAAAAUAUGAUUGAGCCAUAAAAUUAUGAUUGAUGCUUAAAAUAUGAUUGAUCCAUAAAAUAUGAUUGAUUCAUAAAAAUGUGAUUGAUUCUUAAAAUAUGAUUGAUCCAUAAAAAUUUGAGUAAUCCUUAAAAUACGAUUGAUACAUAUAAAUAUGAGCGAUUCAUGAAAAGUUGAUUGAUCCUUAAAAUAUGAUUGAUUCAUAAAAAUGUGAUUGAUCCUUAAAAUAUGAUUGAUCCAUAAAAAUUUGAGUAAUUCUUAAAAUACGAUUGAUACAUAAAAAUAUGAGUGAUUCAUGAAAAGUUGAUUGAUUUUUAAAAUAUGAUUGAAUCAUACAAAUGUGAUUGAUCCUUAAAAUAUGAUUGAUCCAUAAAAAUUUGAGUAAUCCUUAAAAUACGAUUGAUACAUAAAAAUAUGAGCGAUUCAUGAAAAGUUGAUUGAUCCUUAAAAUCUGAUUGAUACAUAAAAAUAUGAUUAGUCCAUAACAACAAUUGAUCCGUAAAAAAAUGAUUGAUCCAUAAAAAUUUGAGUAAUCCUUAAAAUACGAUUGAUACAUAAAAAUAUGAACGAUUCAUGAAAAGUUGAACUAUCCUUAAAAUAUGAUUGAAUCAUAAAAAUGUGAUUGAUCCUUAAAAUAUGAUUGAUCCAUAAAAAUUUGAGUAAUCCUUAAAAUACGAUUGAUACAUAAAAAUAUGAGCGAUUCAUGAAAAGUUGAUUGAUCCUUAAAAUCUGAUUGAUACAUAAAAAUAUGAUUAGUCCAUAACAACCAUUGAUCCAUAAAAAAAUGAUUGAUCCAUAAAAAUUUGAGUAAUCCUUAAAAUACGAUUGACACAUAAAAAUAUGAGCGAUUCAUGAAAAGUUAAUUGAUCCUUAAAAUAUGAUUGAAUCAUAAAAAUGUGAUUGAUCCUUAAAAUAUGAUUGAUCCAUAAAAAUUUGAGUAAUCCUUAAAAUACGAUUGAUACAUAAAAAUAUGAGCGAUUCAUGAAAAGUUGAUUGAUCCUUAAAAUCUGAUUGAUACAUAAAAAUAUGAUUAGUCCAUAACAACGAUUGAUGCGUAAAAAAAUGAUUGAUCCAUAAAAAUUUGAGUAAUCCUUAAAAUACGAUUGAUACAUAAAAAUAUGAGCGAUUCAUGAAAAGUUGAUUGAUCCUUAAAAUAUGAUUGAUUCAUAAAAAUGUGAUCGAUCCUUAAAAUCUGAUUGAUACAUAAAAAUAUGAUUGAGCCAUAAAAUUAUGAUCGAUGCUUAAAAUAUGAUUGAUCCAUAAAAUAUGAUCGAUUAAUAAAAACGUGAUUGAUCCUUAAAAUAUGAUUGAUCCAUCAAAAUUUGAGUAAUCCUUAAAACACGACUGAUACAUAAAAAUAUGAGCGAUUCAUGAAAAGUUGAUUGAUCCUUAAAAUAUGAUUGAUUCAUAAAAAUGUCAUCGAUCCUUAAAAUCUGAUUGAUACAUAAAAAUAUGAUUCGUCCAUAACAACGAUUGAUCCUUAAAAAAAAAGGAUUGACCCAUAGAAAUAUGAACCGAUGCAUAAAAAUAUGAUUAGUCCUUAAAAUAUGAUUAGUCCAUAAAAAUAUGAUUAAUCCAUAAAAAUAUGAUUAAUCCAUAAAAAGACCUUGUUAGUCCUUUCCACUUGUCUUGGUGCCACAAACGCACCGUUUGGCCUUCCGGAGCAUGACUCUUCUUCUUCUUCUUCUUCUUCUUCUUCUUCUUCUUCUUCUUCUUGUCGUCUGCGUCCUCAUGGCCUACAGCACUCCUCAUCACCCCGUCGUGCCUCGACACACACACACACUUACACACACACACACACGCUUACACACGACAGUGCAAAGUGUUGCCUUUGUUGUCUUCUUGCCGACUAAGACAGGACCUUGAAAAGCGAAGAAAGGCUCUUAGCUCAGCACUUUGCACGCCUGGGAGGCUGACGCUGUAAACUUCUUGCCUUUGUCCUUCUUUGCUCUCCUCUCUGCCUUCUCAACGUGUCUUGAUUUGUCCUGCGUGUGUUUGCUUUGUGGCCUGGGAGACAAGCGACUGGCACUGUGAUUGUUUGACCUGGAAGGAAGAAGGUUCACGACCAGGACUUUUAGGGUCUCGCUGAAAAGAAAACAAAAGGAGUACGUCUCAUCAUUUCGGUCCUGUUUUGACAAAAUAUUCUGCAUUAAAAAAAUACACCACUUUUAGCAUAACUUUUUUUUUUUUUGUAAAUGUACGCCUUUUUCUCAUCGAUCAAAAUGUUUUCUUUUAAAAUAACAAUCACAGUUAUAUUAUUUCUUUUAAAUUGUAUUUUUUUGUAUGAAAUGACAAAAAUAAUUACAUUGAUGACUUUUUUGCUAACAAUUUCUCAUAUAUCACAAAAUAAUUUAUUUUGAAAUAACGAUUCCCCCCCCCUCACAGUUCUGAUAUUAUUAGUUUUUUUGCUUUUUAUUUGUUUUAUAAAAUCACAAAAGUAAUUUAAUUUUUCCAUUUUUACCCCCAUAAUAUUAUUUCUUGUAAAAAAUGUUUAUAAAAUGUUGGCCCUGCGAUGAGGUGGCAACUUGUCCAGGGUGUACGCCGCCUUCCGCCCGAUUGUAGCUGGGAUAGGCGCCACCGCCCCCAAAAGGGAAUAAGCGGUAGAAAAUGGAUGGAUGGAUGGAUGGACAAAAUUUAUUUCAUUUAUGACUCUUUGCUAACAGUUUCUCAUAAAUUACAAUUUUUUUAAAUUUGAAAAUAACAAAUGUUUUCCUCCUCACAGUUCUGAUAUUAUUUAUUGUAAAAUAAUAUGUUUUAAUAAAAUCACAACAGAGGAAUUUAUUAAUUUCUCAUAAAUUAUGAAAAAAAAUCUGUAAAAUUUAUUAAUUUUAUCUAAAAGACUAAAAUAUUUUUUAAUGUGAAAUAAAAAAAAUUCUCAUAAAUCACAGUAUUUUAACGUUUUAAAAUAACAAAUGUUUUCCUCAUCACAGUUCUGAUAUUAUUUCUUGUAAAAUCUGUUUUAAUAAAAUCACAAAAGAGGAAAUUAUUAAUUUCUCAUAAAUUAUGAAAACAAAAUCUGUAAAAUUAAUAAUUUUAUCUAAAAGACUAAAAUAUUUGUUAAUGUGAAAUAAUUUUUUUCUCAUAAAUCACAGUAUUUUAAAAUUUUAAAAAAGCAAAUGUUUUCCUCCUCACAGUUCUGAUAUUAUUUCUUGUAAAAUCGGUUUUAAUAAAAUCACAAAAGAGGAAAUUACUAAUUUCUCAUAAAUUAUGAAAAAAAAAUCUGUAAAAUUUAUUAAUUUUAUCUAGAAGACUAAAAUAUUUGUUAAUGUGAAAUCAUUUUUUUCUCAUAAAUCACAGUAUUUUUUAUUUUAAAAAAAAACGUUUAGUUUUUUUCCCCCCUCACAGAUCUGAUAUUAUUUCUUGUAAAAUCUGUUUUGAUAAAAUCACAAAAGAAGAAUUUAUUAAUUUCUCAUAAAUUUUGAAAAAAAAAUCUGUAAAAUUAAUAAUUUUAUCUAAAAGACUAAAAUAUUUGUUAAUGUGAAAUAUUUUUUUUCUCAGAAAUCACAGUAUUUUAAUUUUUUUAAAUAACAAAUGUUUUCCUCCUCACAGUUCUGAUAUUAUUUCUUGUAAAAUAAUAUGUUUUAAUAAAAUCACAAAAGAGGAAAUUAUUAAUUUCUCAUAAAUUAUGAAAAAAAAAUCUGUAAAAUUUAUUAAUUUGAUCUAAAGACUAAAAUAUUUGUUAAUGUGAAAUAAUUUUUUUCUCAUAAAUCACAGUAUUUUUUAUUUUAAAAAAACGUUUAGUUUUUUCCCCACUCACAGUUCUAUUAUUUCUCAUAAAAUCUGUUUUAAUAAAAUCACAAAAGAGGAAUUUAUUAAUUUCUCAUAAAUUUUGAAAAAAAAUCUGUAAAAUUAAUAAUUUUAUCUAAAAGACUAAAAUAUUUUUUAAUGUGAAAUAAUUUUUUUCUCAGAAAUCACAGUAUUUUAAAAUUUUAAAAUAACAAAUGUUUUCUUCCUCACAGUUCUGAUAUUAUUUCUUGUAAAAUCUGUUUUAAUAAAAUCACAAAAGGGGAAUUUAUUAAUUUCUCAUAAAUUUUGAAAAAAAAAAUCUGUAAAAUUGACAAUUUUAUCUAAAAGACUAAAAUAUUUGUUAAUGUGAAAAAUUUUUUUUCUCAUAAAUCACAGUAUUUUAAAAUUUUAAAAUAACGUUUUGUUUUUCCCCCCCUCACAGUUCUGAUAUUAUGUAUUGGAAAAUUAUUUUUUCUAAAAUCACGAAAGUAAUUUAAUUUGUGACUUUUGUUAGUAUUUUUCCCGUUAAAAUUUCUCAUAAAUUACAAUAUGUUUUUGUGUAAAAUUAUUUUUUUUUAACUUAUGACUUUUACCUAAAAGACUAAAAUAUUUGUUCACGUAAAAUCAUUUUUUUCUCAUAAAUCGUAAUAUUAUUUUCUUUAAAAACGUGUUUUUUUCCCUCACAGUUCUAAUAUUAUUUCUUGUAAAAUUUGUUUUUAGAAAAUCACCAAAAUCAUUUGAUUUUUGACUUCUAAAAAAAGGAUGGACUUUUUUUGAAUGGACUACAAUAUUUUCUGGUAAAAUAUUUAUUUCUCAUAAAUCACUAUUUUUCUGUAAUGAAUUUUUUUUAAAUUAAUGACUUAUCUAAAAGACUAAAAUAUUUUUUUCUUGUAAAAUCCUUUAUUUCUCAUAAAAUUACAAUAUUUUGUCUUCUGGUAUAUGUAUUACUUUCUUUUUUUAAUAACAUUUUAAAUUUUUUAAAUUUUUGACUUUUGCAUAAAUUACAAUAUUUUUUCCAGUAAUACUUUUUUUCAUAAACUUUUAAAAUAACAGUUUUUGCCCUCAUAAUAUUAUUUAUUGUAAAAUGUGUUUUUGUAUAAAAUUACAAAAAAUAUUUAAUAUAUGACUUUAUGCUAACAAUUUCUCAUAAAUCACAAAAAUAAUUUAUUUCAAAAUUACUUUUCCCCCCCUUUUCUAAUAUUUUUCCGGUAAAAUUAUUAAUUUCGUAUAAAUUACAAUAUUUUUUUCCGUAAUUUUAUUUUAUUAUUAUUUUUUUUUAAAUGAAUUUUAGCUAAAAGACUAAAAUAUGUGUUCAUGUAAAAUAUUUUUUUUCUCAUGACUCACAAUAUUUAUUUAUUUUAAAAUAACAUUUUUUCCCCCUCUUUGAAAAUGUGUUUUUUAUAAAAUCACAAAAUUAAUAACAUUUUUGACUUUCUUCUAAUAUUUUUCCGGUAAAACUAUUAAUUUAAUAUAAAUUAGAAUAUUUUUUCUGUAAAAUGACUUUUUUUGUAUUUAUUUAUGACUUUUAUCUAAAGGACAAAAAUAUUUGUUCAUGUAAAAUAUUUUUUUCUCAUAACUCGCAAUAUCUUUUUAUUUUAAAAUAACUUUUUUCCCCCCUCUUACAGUUCUGAUAUUUCUUGGAAAAUGUGUUUUUCUAAAAUCACAAAAGUAAUUUAAUUUUUGACUUUUUUCUAAUAUUUUUCCAGAUGAAAUUAUUAAUUUGUCAUAAAUCACCCCAAAAAUAUGUGAACUGACUUUUAUCUAAAAGACUGAAAUAUUUGUUCAUGUAAAAUAUUUUUUUCUCAUAAAUUGCAAUAUUUUUUGGGGUUUUAAAAUAACAUAUUUUUUCCUCUCACAGUUUAAAAUUAUUUCUUGUAAAAUGACAUUUUUUUGUAUAAAAUGACAAAAAUAAAAUAAUUUAUGACUUUUUGCUAACAGACAAUUUCUCAUAAAUCACUAUAUUUUUUUUUAAUUUAAAAAUAACCAUUUUUUUUCUUUUAAAAUAAAAAUGUUUGCCCUUAGAGUUCUAAUAUUAUUUCUUGGAAAAUUGCAUAUGUUUUAUAAAAUCACUUAAUUUUUGACUUUUUUUCUAAUAUUUUUCUAGUGAAACUAUUUAUUUGUCGUAAAUCAAAUGUUUUUUUUCUGUAUUUUUUUAAAUUAUUUUAUAUUUAUGACUUUUAUCUAAAAUACAAAAAUAUUUUUUCAUGUAAAAUCAUUUAUUUCUCGCAAAAUUACAAUAUUUUUCUUCUAGUAAAUAUUUAGCUGUCUUUUUUAGAUCAAAUUAAAAAAUGUUUUUACAUUUUUGACUUUCUCAUAAAUUACAAUAUUUUGUCCAGUAAAACCUUUUUUUUUUUUCAUAAAAUAUUUUUUUUGUUUUCUUUUAAGGUAACAGUGCUAAUAUUAUUUAUUAUGAAAAAAAAUUGUAUAUAAUUACAAAAAUAAUUUAAUUUAUGACUUUUAUUGUGAAGCCUUUUAUUUCUCAUACAUCACAAUUUAAUUUCUGUAAAAUUUAAGUUUUUUAAUGUGUGACUUUUUAUCUAAAAGACUAAAUUUUUUUUCAUGUCAAAUAAUUUAUUUCUCUUAAAACAAUAUUUUUUUCUGUAAAAUUACUUUUUUAUGUUGUAUUUAUGACUUUUACCUAAAAGACUAAAAUAAGUUAUUUGUUUGUUAUUGUUGAUUGUUAUUUACGCUACCACUAAUAAGGACUUCUGCUGAUAUUAAUAUCCUAAAUAUUGUAUUUCUUUUGAGUGCGACCCUAAAGCUACUUUGUCUGUGGGAGUUGGAGUAAAAAAAACAAAACAAAAACAUUGUGUUGCAUGUUCACUCCCGUUCUGCAUCGUCAUCAUGAAAAUAUGUUUUGUACAUAAAAAAAGUUAGUUUUCUGAGUCAGGAUGACACGUCUUCAAUCUUCUACUGGAUGAUGGAUUCAAAAGUGUUCAUCUUUUUUCUAUUUGAACCUUUCAAAUUGCUGUGCUCGCCUGCCACCACUUUCAAGACGAACUCGUUGGAACGUUUGCAGCCGAUGUUUGUACACAAAUAUGAAUAAAAAUAUCCUGUACAGUU